CCAAACACACCAGGGUCUAGACAUUUCUUGGCCCUCCUUGUUCCUGUCUUCCAGCCUCAGAAAUGGCCUUUUUCGUUUGGAAAUGAGCUUAGAGCAAAACUUUCCGUAGCUGUCUGGUGGCUGAAAGUGUUGUCUGCGGCUGCUGGGUGACCAAAGCAUCCGAGUAGCUAGCCUCACCCUGUGCGGGUAGGAAAAGGGGGCGGAGAGGAGAAAGACAAGGAAGGGGCGGAGGUCAUUGAGCCCUCCACCCCGCGGAGGCUGGGAGCAUCGCUAGGUGCCUUGGAGUCCAGGGCACAGUUGGACCAGGAGGUCCUGCGGGUGAUCUAGGGAGCAGAGACGAUAUAGGAAGUCCUGAGCCGUGGAACCUGAGGUUGCCGCUGCGUGGGGCUGAGUGCGCCACGGCAAGCGGGGCGCAGAGCUCUUCUGCUCCGGACACAGCCACUCGGUGGCCCAGGAUGCCAAGAUGUCUGCACUUCGAGACUGCACAGUGGUGACAGAGAGAUGACCUGAGGGGACAGCUUCUAUCUCCACAACAAUGUCCAUGAACAGUUCCAAACAGCCAGUGUUUCCUGCAGCUGGACUCAUCGCAAACACAACCUGCCAAGUGCAAAACCGGCUUUCAGUAUUUUUUUCAAUAAUCUUCAUGACAGUGGGAAUCUUGUCUAACAGCCUGGCCAUUGCCAUUCUCAUGAAGGCGUAUCAGAGAUUUAGACAGAAGUCGAAGGCCUCCUUUUUGCUCCUGGCUAGUGGCCUGGUGAUCACAGACUUUUUUGGCCAUCUCAUCAAUGGAGGGAUAGGUUUUGUAUAUGCUUCUGAUAAAGACUGGAUCCGCUUCGAUCAAUCAAACAUCCUGUGCAGUGUUUUUGGAAUCUCUAUGGUGUUUUCUGGAUUGUGCCCACUUUUUCUGGGCAGUGCAAUGGCCAUUGAGCGGUGUAUCGGAGUCACCAACCCAAUAUUCCAUUCUACGAAAAUCACAUCUACACACGUGAAGAUGAUAUUGAGUGGGGUGUGCAUGUUCGCUGUUUUCGUGGCUCUGCUGCCUAUCCUCGGACACCGAGACUAUCGAAUCCAAGCAUCCAGAACCUGGUGCUUCUACAACACAGAGCACAUUGAGGACUGGGAAGACCGGUUUUAUCUCUUGUUCUUUUCCUUCCUGGGCCUCUUAGCUCUCGGUGUUUCGUUCUUGUGCAAUGCCAUCACAGGAGUCACACUCUUAAGGGUGAAGUUUAAAAGUCAGCAGCAUAGACAAGGAAGAUCUCACCACUUUGAGAUGGUCAUUCAGCUCCUGGCCAUAAUGUGCGUCUCCUGCAUCUGCUGGAGUCCCUUUCUGGUAACAAUGGCCAACAUUGCCAUAAAUGGAAACAAUUCCCCAGUGACCUGUGAAACAACACUCUUUGCUCUCCGAAUGGCAACGUGGAAUCAGAUCUUAGACCCCUGGGUCUAUAUUCUGCUCCGGAAGGCUGUCCUUAAGAACUUGUAUAAGCUGGCCAGUCACUGCUGUGGAGUGCACAUCAUCAGUCUGCACAUCUGGGAGCUCAGCUCCAUCAAGAAUUCCUUAAAGGUUGCUGCUAUUUCUGAGUCACCAGCUGUGGAGAAGGAGAGUCAGCAAGCAUCUAGUGAAGCAGGACUGUAGGUCAAUGCAGGGCUAGAAUAAAAUGGGGGGAAGUUUUGGAAACAUCUCAACUGAUCAGAUUCAUAGCCUAACUGGAACAUUUGGACCUCGGUGUGUAGCUUGGGAGUACACCGGACAGAUGAAGCUUCUGAAUUUCGUUAUGCUGGCUGGUGCAUGGUUGUGCAUUUUUACUUGAUGUUGUCAACAGGAGGUAAACUGAUACAAUGCAGUGGAGUUGAGUGAAACACAGCUUUUGAGUUUAGCUGUGUGACUUGUAUUUUUGGAAUAAAUGAAUCCAUUGAGGCCCAAUGCCAAUGAAUACUUGACCUGUUUUUCCAAGACACCUUAAUGCUACCUGCACAUGGCCAUUUCAUUGACUUAUAGACAAGACUCAGAGUAACACAAGACUCUGAACCUGUUUGUGUGUGGGGUUCUUGUCUGUUUACCAGUCUACAUAUCCUCAAUCAAUGUCUACAUGACCAUGAUAUUGGGGAUUCACAGUGGCUAGUGAUGACCACUGCAUAUGCUGGGUCAGCCUGACCUUGUGAGGCUGAUGAACAUGGCCAUUCUUGUCACAACUGACACAUGUACUUGCUCGCAUUUGUUGUUAUGAAGGUCAAUUAUUGUUUGAAGUUUUUUCUAUAAAGUAAUAGAUUUUCAGUGUUUAAGUGAUCUCCCUUUCCUCUGAAAAUUAUAGAGAAACACAGGCUUUGUCUUAGCACAGAUUCAGCUCCUGUUAGCAUAUACACUAAACCCUAUCAUGGACCGUGCAAACCAUCUAAAUCCCAGGGAUAUAUGACAAGAACAUGGCAAAUAUUGCUUUACCUAAGCUGUCAUUUUUGUCAGGAAAUAAAAGAAAAACAAUCAAAUAUUCAAAGCCUAUCUACAGCUUGUGUGUUUCUGCUUUAUAGACACAGCCUAAGGGAGUUCUGUUGACAGCAGCUUCACUAAAUCUGUUGGACCACAUUUUCAAAGCCCGUUUUACCAGUGUGGAGGGGAAGAUCUAAAAUUAGCCAGGAGUUGGGGACAUAACUGGGGACUUAGGGUUAAUCAGAGACCAAGGAACAAGACUCUGUCUCCAAGUUUCCCAAUCAUAAUCCACACUUCUUUGCUUGUUUGUAUAAUUUAACACAAAAAUUUUCAGUUUGAGUAAUCAUUAUAAGCAUUGUAGGUCCAUCAGUGACUAGGGUUAGUGGUUAUGUUUCAUAAAGAAAUUCAUUUUUAUAUUUAAAAAAGUCCUUGCUUUCAUCAGGUUUGUCUGUAUUUAAAAAAUAUUACUUUUUUCCCUUUGCAAUGUGUGUGGGUGUUUUGCCUGAAUGCAUUUCUGUGCAUCAUGUAUCUUUCUGGCACCUACUGAGACCAGAUCCCGUGCGACUGGAGUGACAGAUGGUUGUAAGCUACCAUGCAGGUGCUGAGAAUUGUACCCAGGUCUUCUGGAUGAACAGUCAGCACUCUUAAAUGCUGAGCUCUUCCUCUAGCCUCUAAAAAGUGUUUUUGUCUGUAAAAAUGAUUUCAGAUUCUAGGAAUCCUGAGAAUUCAAUCAAAUUAAAUUAGUGCCUGUAUUAACUUCUCCUUUUGGUUGGGAGUUUACAUUAGUUGUGAUUACUGAUUUUGGUAAAUUCUCAUGAGUAAAUUAAAAGAAACUAAGCAAAUAGCCUUGUUGAAGACUUAAAGGAAAUUAUUUGUAGUGAAUUUAAAAGGAAUACAUACUAUUAUGUGACAAUAUCAACUUAAAGCCAAUAAGAGAUCAGCUACACAACUGAUUCUUAUGCAGAGACUAUGUCAGAUAAUAGACAGCAAUAUCCUGGUAUAAACUGAGCAUGGAGUUUUAAAGGUUGGGCCCAAAUUAAAUUUAUGAUGACAACUACAUGUAUAUGUAUAUGUAUGUAUAUAUAUAUGUAUAUAUGUAUAUGUGUGUGUGUCCGUCCAUGUGUACAUGCAUGUGCAUAUGAAUUUAUGUGUCUAUGUAUUGUAAGUACAUGUGUAUGUAUAAUGCAUAUGAUUGUAUAAAGCCAUUACAAUUUGUGAUUGCUGUUACAUUACAUAAAUGUUAUCAUGUUUAAUUUCAAGAGCACUUAAAGCUUGGAAAAACUUGUAGAUGGUUCACUUAUUUUGAGAGCUGGUAUUUAUUUUCUACAGAGAUAAGGUGUUGGGAUCCUAUAAACUGAGGCACGAAGAAGCAAAUCUCCAUUUUUCUUCAUUAUAGUUGUUAAAACUCUGCAAUGUACAUUUGUAUUUCAACUGAGGAAAGGCACUGAGAAGGAACCUGCUUGGAGGCCCCAGGUCCCUUCUCUGUGAGCCUCUAAUACAGACAAAACUGUUCCUCUAUUGCUAUGAUGUCACCCUGGCCACGCGCGGUUACCAUGAGACCAUCUUGUGACAUCAUCAUGUGGGGGAGAAGAGGUUCUGGGAAGUGACACAGGAGUUAUUCUGUGCAUAUUCUGGAAGAGUUAUCCAUACUAUCUGAGCACACACAAUUUAACUGAUCUUAAGAUGAGGUCAAACCCACAGUGUAAACAUAAAAAGUUUAAUGUAUAUACCUGACUCCAAAAUUCUGUUUAUUAUUGUAGCUGUUUUAUGUAGCUUAGUUAUAGCACUCUUUAUUGUGCAAUGAGCAAUGGAGGGGAACAGUCACUGAUAACUUCCUGAGUUAUCAGUGUGAGUAAAAGUGUAUUUGUUCGUAUUCAUUAUAAUAAAGAGUAGAAAUAGUUCCAACAAGCUCA